AUGGAUCCCACCUGCGGGAAAGUGGGGACGGCUUUGGCUGGCGGCGGUGGAAGUGCUGUGAGUGCAAAGGCGCCCAAACAUCUGUGGAGGCAGCAGAACCAAGCGACGCUCUCUCCGCUCCACCACGCUCUGGCUGUGCGCAAGAAAGACCGAGUGAGACAAAGAGGCUUUUCGGACACCGAGAGAUAUCUCAAUCCGAGGAACAUGGACCGGACUUACGCAGUGGACACGGGGCACCGACCCGGGCUGAAGAAAUCCAGGAUGUCGUGGCCGUCGUCAUUCCAAGGUCUUCGACGGGUGAGAAUGAUGGAGCUGAGCAAGUACCUCGUGUUGUGCUAA